UCAAAUAAAAGUUAUUAGUCUUCUUUGUGGUAAUUUAUUAUUAAUUUAAUUUCGAGACAAAAGUAUAUUUUUAUGAAGUUCUAUUUAAUUGUGCCAUCAUACAAGUUAGUGUAAUUGUUUUUAUUUUAUUAAAAUUUUUAUAAUGCCGAAUAGAAGAAGUUAUUACGGUAUUGAUUCUAGAGACAUGCAUCCAAGGAUUUCUCAAAAUUUUACAUAUGUGAGCAGUUGCGUUAAAUACAUGAUAUUCCUCCUGAAUUUCAUAUUUUGGCUUUUUGGAGGGCUUCUCAUGGGUAUUGGUGUAUAUGCAUUUAUGGAUAAAUUGCAAUCAACGGGCUGGGUUCGUUUAGAAACAUUUUACGAUGUUAUAUUAAACAUAUCUCUUGUUAUGAUAAUUGCGGGAGCUCUUGUUUUUAUAGUGAGCUGUGCUGGUUGCUUGGGGGCAUUAAGGGAAAAUACAUGUUUAUUGAAAUUUUACUCGAUGUGUUUGCUUUUAUUCUUUUUACUGGAAAUGGCUGUUGCUGUGAUGGGUUUUGUUUUUCCACAAAAUAUGCAAUCAUUUUUGGAAGAAUCAUUUACGGAUAAUAUAAUCAAGCAAUAUCGCGAUGAUCCAGAUUUACAAAAUUUGAUUGAUUUUGCCCAACAAGAAUUUAAAUGUUGUGGUUUAAGCAACGCAGGAUAUCAAGAUUGGGGAAAGAAUGAGUAUUUUAAUUGUUCUUCACCUAGCGUUGAAAAGUGUGGCGUGCCAUAUUCUUGCUGUAUAAAUGCGACAGAUAUAAGUUCUGGUUUGGUAAACAUCAUGUGUGGUUAUAGUGUGCAGCAACAAUCUGUUGCAGCUGCCAGUAAACGUAUUUGGACAAGUGGGUGUAUUGAAAUUGUACGAGUUUGGUCUGAACGUAACCUUUAUGCAAUAUCUGGUGUUGCUUUAGGUAUCGCUUUAAUUCAACUUUUUGUUAUAUAUUUGGCCAAAACAUUGGAGGGACAAAUCGAUUUACAAAAAUCACGUUGGAAUUCUUGAGCAUACGGUUGGGAUGGUGGUAUAAAGUUUUAAAUAGAACAAAAAAAAUAAAAAACAAAAUAAGCAUAAUAACCUAUAUAAAAUAAACCAAAUUUACGAAUAAUCUGUGAAUUUUUAUACACAUUAUGAUAAUUUGUUAUAUUAAUGAAAAAUAAUUUUAAGAACAUCUUACAUUAAUUAUCAAUU